AUGAAGAAUGCAGUAGCAGCAGCAGUGCGUCUCUGUUUGAUGGUGACAGUGUUGGCAGCAGAGCCGGACAAGGAAGAUGAUGACGGAGCGACAGUGGCGGUGCCCAAGUGCCGGCGAGACAGCCCAGACCUGGACGAGUGCCUCCAGCGCGCCCUGCAGGCGUCUCUGCCGCUGCUGCUGCGAGGAAAUCCUGACUUGGGGCUGCCUGCACUACAGCCGCUGCUGGUGGACAAGCUGGACUUCGGCAACAAGGAGGCGGGGCUCAGGCUCAAGCUGCGGGACGUCCGCGUCUCGGGGAUCGCCAACAGCACCUUCCACGGGGUUCGCGCCAAACUGGACGACUAUACGGUCUUCGUGGGUGGCAAAAGUCCAUUAGUGACAAUGACAGGAAGAUACAAAAUCAAUUUCACAUUCGAAGGAGAGAAAAUUGAAGGCAAAGGGCGUUUUGAAAUGAAUCUGACUGAGGUGGAGUCGAAGAACGUGCUGCACGGCGUGAAGAGCGUGAAGGAGGGCCGUCACUACGUGGACGUGCACCUGGACGGCGACAUCCUCAGCGUGGCCGGGCUCAGCGUGCGCUUCCACGGCCUCUUCACCGGCGACAAGGACAAGGAGGAGCAGGCGAACCGGCUGCUGAACGAGCACUGGCAGCAGCUGUGGUCGGCGCUGGAGCCUGCGCUGGACGCAGCCUACAACAGGCUGCUCUCUGAGAUCUCGGGAAAGGCACUCGCCCAGCUGCCGCUCGCCGCCAUCCUAGACGACCCUUGA